UGAGGCUAGUCAGUUAGCUAGCUAGCGUUUUAUUUUAUUUUUUUAAUCGCCUUUUUAAGCGGGAGGAGUAUGGCCUAGCGAUCACAUAUUGACAGGGCGUUGACAUUCUGGGCAAAAUAGAAUAUUACACAUUUAGUGGGAUCAUUUAGAACGACACAAAAGCUCUGAUUUCUUCGGCCCUGGUGCCAAACCCGCUUGACAAGAGAGCGGGCAGAUAUUCGACUGACCGAGGCUGAAUGCGGAUAUGAAAGGAGGUAUUAUUGGGCCUACGAAUACUUUUUCUGUCAAAAUCGUCAGACGCUACAAAAAACUCCGCAAAACGUUAAAGUCAUCAGAAGAGGACUGAAGACGCAUGGAGACACCCCCACUACGAUACAAAACUGAAUCCCUACACGAGAGCCAGGAUGAGUGAGGCGUGGCAGCAGCAUGCUGUUGCUCCCCCUCCGGUGGUGCACACCAUACCACCGGGGGCGGAGAACGCGUUGGGCUGUGCCGUCUAUGGUAUCGUCCUGCAGCCUGACCCCGCUCUGCAGCAGUCGCAGCACCAGCAUGGCCAGCAGCACAGCCAGCAGCAUGGGCAGCAGCAACACCCUACCCAGGUACAGCAGCCCUCUCUGCAGGUAGGGGGCGAGGGCGGUCACAAGUGUGGAGCAUGCGGCCACGACAUCUCCCACCUGGCCAACCCACAUGAGCACCAGUGUAUGGUGAGCCAGGACCGCUCCUUCCAAUGCACCCAGUGCAUGAAGAUCUUCCACCAGGCCACUGAUCUGCUGGAGCACCAGUGUGUGCAGGUGGAGCAGAAGCCCUUUGUGUGUGGUGUGUGUAAGAUGGGCUUCUCCCUGCUCACCUCGCUGGCACAGCACCACACCUCGCACAACAGCACCAACCCCAUGAAAUGCUCCAUCUGUGAGAAGACCUACCGACCGGGCUCCUCUGGGAACACCACACCCUCCUCCUCUUCCACCAACCCUCAGCAGCCGUCUGCUGAUGGAGCCUCUUCAAGUGGGAGUGUGGCAGUGGGAUCUUCUUCCUCAAUUACAUUUCCAUCGGCCCGUGACAGGCCCUACAAGUGUUCCGUCUGUCAGAAGGGUUUCAGGCACCUGUCAGAGCUGGCCCGCCACGAGCGUGUGCACACUGGAGAGAAGCCCUUCAAGUGUGACACGUGUGACAAGAGCUUCAGCCAGUCCUCUCACCUGGCCCAUCACCAGCGCACCCACAGCUCUGAGCGCCCAUACAAAUGUGCUGUGUGUGACAAGAGCUUCAAGCACCGCUCCCACCUGGUGCGCCACAUGUACGCCCAUUCCGGAGAGCACCUGUUUAAGUGCAACCUGUGUGAACUGCACUUCAAGGAGUCUUCUGAGCUGCUGCAUCAUCCAUGCCACCCACAAGGGGCACGCCCCUUCCGCUGUGCAACCUGUGGAAAGGGCUUCAAGCGUCCAUCAGACCUGCGGCAGCAUGAGCGCACUCACUCUGAGGAGCGUCCCUUCCACUGUGAGGAGUGCCAGAUGAGUUUCAAACAGCAGUAUGCCCUGGUGCGCCACAGGCGCACGCACAAAAACCCAUCUGACCGCCCCUUCAAGUGCAACCUUUGUGACAAAGGCUUCCUGCAGCCAUCCCAUCUGCUGUACCACCAGCACGUCCACGGCAUGGAGAACCUGUUCAAGUGCGCAUCCUGCCAGAAGGAAUUCAGUCAGUCAGGAGAGCUGCUGCGCCACAAAUGCGGUGAGUCGUCCUCUUCAUCUAGGGAGACAGACAAGCCUUACAAAUGUGACGUGUGCGGCAAGGGAUACAAAAAGAGUUCGACACUGCAGCGACAUCAGAACUCGCACUGUCAAGAGAAGCCCCUAAAGUGCUCCCUAUGUGACCGCCGCUUCCUGUCAUCCUCAGAGUUUGUGCAGCACCGCUGCGACCCGUCCCGAGAGAAGCCCCUAAAGUGUCCCGAAUGCGAGAAGCGCUUCAAGUACUCGUCUGACCUGAAUAGGCACAAGCGUGUCCACACCGGGGAGAAGCCCUACAAGUGUGCUAGCUGUGAUAAAGGCUUCAAGCAACGGGAGCACCUGGCCAAGCAUCAGAGUGUGCAUUCCAGAGAUGCCCAGUUCAAGUGUGUUUGGUGUGGAGAGCGCUUUGGAGACCUGGGAGCUUUGCAGGAGCACACAGUCCAGCACACAGCUGAAGGAGGGGGUUACCCUGUGCCACCUUGCAUAUAGUCACGCCCCUCCGCUCUGUACAAGUUCAUAGCAAACGUCCCUGUCUACCAUUAAUUUGCAGCACCCAGCUUAACACACUUGAACUGGGCAUCUCUGGAGUGCACACUCUGGUGCUUUCCAGAGAUACCCAGUUCAAAUGCUUUGGAGACCUGGGAGCCCUGCAGGAGCACACAGUCCAGCACACAUCUAAAGGGAAGGAUUACCCGAUGGUAGGUUACUCUGUGCCACUUCUUAUCCAGUCCAUAGCAAAUGUCCCUGCCUACUCUUAAUUUGCCCCCAGCAUAUACAAUCCAUACCCUCACUUCCCAUCUGAAAAGUGAUACCAGUCCACUUCCCCACCCUAAGAAACCCAUACAAUUUAUAAUUGUAAAAAAAAAAAAAAUAGAAGUCACUGCCAAGUGUCACUGCUUUAGGGCUACUGUCUGAAGGACAGAGGAGACACCAACAAGGAUAUUUCUUUCACUUCAAACUCUAGGGUGGAUGUUCUAGCCCAGGUCAUUUACUCUAUCUAUCCUUACCUUCUUGAAUCAACUUCCCUGCAAGUGGGGAACAAAAUAAAUGUAAAUCACCACAUUAGCCUACAUUUCUGUCUAUGAAAAGCUUUGCAUUUGUACAUAAAUUACCUUGUAGAUUAAAAAGAAAAAAAGGUGAUGUGGACCAGUUCCCCUUGUGAUGACCUGCUUGACUGGUGUGUUGCAACAUGACCCAGAACUAUUCUCUUGCCAACAGUGGUUGUCACUCUAGAAUGCAUCUACAGAGAUCCUGCAUGCAUUAAUGUUCCAUUCUCUUACCCAGGAUACUCAAGACUUUUAUGAUUGCUAAGGUUCAGCAGCUACUACAGUCUACUGAUGGCCUCUUGCUUUUUUAUUUUGGAAUCAAUGACGCUGUAUCAACUCAGAUAUAAAAUGUUUUGUUUGGUGGGUGGAGGGUUGAAAUUAUUGUGUAUUGGUUACUUUUCCACAACCUAAUCACUGUAGUAGCAGUGCAUGCAUAUCAGGAAAUGGAACCGGUUCAGGGAACAGAAGACCAGACAUAUCACAAAAAAAUGAGGAUCAGAACCGGGAACGGAAGUGAUCUAUACUUUUCCGGAACAGAACCGUUAUUUUAAAAGCAUGGGAACCGGGUAAUAAUGUUAUUUUACGUUCCAGGUAUUUUUUUACAGUCCCACAAUGCGCCUAUGCAAAGCCCUCACUCUGUCACUCAGAAAAUCUUUGCGUGUGUGUGUAGUUUACCUGUCCCUCCCCCUCCGAAGCACUGUAUCCUACUGACGUUACAUGCGGGAUUCAGAAAUUUAGAUUUUUUUUUUAUUAGAGAAGAAUGGAUUUACUUUAUCAAUGCUGGUUAACUAUAGUAUCCUUAUCAUGUUUCACAUUGGAUUUAUUAACUACAAAAAGGUAAGAUGUGUUUUUAUUUUAAUUCUGAUGCCGCUCUGCACACACAAGUUUGUUAGCUAGCUCUCGUCCAACUUUCAGCCAACUCUUUUCAAGUUCAAAGACAUUCAAAGUUCCUUCAUAUAAGCCGCUCCUCCGUAGGUAUAAUUCUGUGGGCCUAGUUCAGAUAAUGCAUGUCAUCACAAGAUGCCCAGCGCUUCAAGCCUCCUCCUCCACCCUCUCUCGAUCUUUCCCCACCUGGAAAAUUUCAAUCGCAUCUCGCGCCCUACACUUGUUUACACAUGCAGUAGAUGUCAGACAACUAUUGCUUGCCCGUGCCAUAGCAAGCUGCUCUAUCCUCACUGAUUGGGGAAGUAAUUUAAUGUUGAGCUAAAUGUAGAGGUUUAAAAAGGAAUGAUAUAAAUCAUUACUUUCUUGGGUUCGAACCGGUUCAGAACAUUCAUUUUGCUAAUGGAAACAUUGCAACAUAAUGAAAAAAAUAAUGGUUCUGUUCUUCAGAACAAAACAAUUGGAAAAUAAUUUUGGUUCCAACCCCUGACGCAUAUACAAUAAAAUCAUGCACCUCUACUCUGCUUUAGUAUUUUUAUUUUUUAUUUUUAUGUACACGAAUCAACUCCAACUAGAAGUGGUUUAUUUUUUAAAUUGUUUUUGUGCUAUUGUGAAAUAUUACAAAAGUUUGUGACUGUAUGUGGACUUAUAUGUGGCCAUCAUUGUGGCAACUAUAGUUUGUACCAAAACACCAUUGUACUGCAGCAAAUCCCAAAGGUGUGGAGAUUAACCAGCUGAAGUAUCAAGACAUCUCACUGGUAUAUAGAAAUAUAUUUCACACUAAUAUACAGUUCAUAUUCCUACAGAGAUCAGUGAAGAGUAUCUGUGCUGAAAAUGUCUAAAACCUGAUCAAGCUUCCUCUUACGGCGUGUAUGUAGUACAAUAUGUAUGCGAGUAUGUUUACCAGUUCGGUUACAGAAGUUGCAUAACUGUCUUAUUUCUAAAACUGCAUUGGUUGUUUUGUAUGUUACAACUUUUUAUCAUAUGAGGACUUUAAAUGUUUUUCAUCUUUUGAAGUCAUAGUUAUGAUAGUGGUGGUAUGUUGCAAGUUUCCAAGGAGAACAUUCUGUCUCUAAGCCCUACAAGGAUUCUGACCCCUGGUGCUCCUUUGUGUUUAUUCGAUGAAUGAUUGUUGAAUCAUGUCUGUGAAAAUGGAAUCCUGGCUGUGAAGUGAAUUGUAUAAAACAUACAUCUGGUGUAGAAUUUUGUCAGGUCUGUAUAGUUUUCGUUAACCCCAGUUAUGUCAAACUUAUCUGCAGUAUAUUUGUGCAGAUCAUUUUAACUUCUGGAUUUUAUAGCCUUAUUUUUUUAUAGCAUCCUUACCAAAAUGGGCUGCUUAAGCUUGAUUGCAAAAGUUAUGGAUUGAACCUCUUUAUAGUCUGUAAGUGGUAAGACAACUAAUAAGGCAAAAAUCUGUGUCAACUUUGAGGGCAAAUCAAUGUGGCGCAAAGUGUUUGUUUUUUUGUGUGUGGGGGGGUCUUUUUUUCAAAGGAAGUAUUUCAAGGGGAUGUAUUUGGUUGUGGUUUGAGUGCAGUAUUGAAAAACUAUUUUAUGAUAAGGUAAUGCUAACUUUGAGGAAGGUUCUUUUUUAUAAUCAGUUUCAGUAGACUGUUAAACUGGGGUCAGGGUUAUUUAGAAACCCAUUCUACUCCAGAACUGACUGCCUCAAUGUUGUUGCUCUGUUUCUUGUACUGUGCUGUGUUUUUUUUGUUUUCUCCAUCGUCACCUGAGGUGGGCUAACAGUUUGUCAUUUGUCUGUCGUCGUUCGUCUUUCAUCUGGCAUUAAGACAACAUCAAAAAGCAGUUGUGAAUUGAAUUAAAAAGAAAAGUACUGUAUAUGUUUAGUUUAUAUACAUUUUAAAAAAAAAUAUUAUUUUAAAAUCUAUAUGAAUAUUUCCAUUCUUGGGAGGAGGUAACAGGGCCUUUUAGGAUGUAAUGGGGGAGAUGUUUGAUUGAUGGAAGGGUCAUUAGGACUGUGAUUGACAUGACUUUUGAUCUGGUGUAGUGCAUAACGGUUAGCCCCUGCCUAUUGACCCUGCUUUCUCUGUUCUGUGCAUGCCUGCUGUGUUAGUUCCUGUAAUCUGUCCUAGGUAUUAGUGCUUCAGAUGGCACUUAUUCCACAUAGCUUUUUUCAAAUUGUUAUGUGAAGAAAUUAUUGUGACAACGUACAUUAUGUGUACAUUCAUGCUAAAAUAUCUGUAUGUAGCAUUCAAUACACACAGCACUAACAAAUAAACUUUUUAUAAAGGG